UUUGUCACUCAAUCGCCCAGCAAUCAGUCGCGUUUUUCUUCGUUUUUCGUUUUUCGUUUUCGUUAUUUCGUCUUCGGUCUGUGGCAUAGAAUGCUGCAGCGCAUCUGUAUCUUAUAGAUACAUUUGCAGAUAGCUCAAGCUGUGCGACGUGUGCGCGUCGCUGCAGUUCGCCUCAAGUUGCGCACGCGCGUCUUCCUCAGCUAAAAGUGUCAAAAUCUUUGCAUUUUAAUAUAGCCCAAGAGGCUCAUAAAAACAAGUUGCCCUCGACGUGGGUGUGCGUGCGCGUGUGUGUGUGUGUGUGUGGCGCCAUCUAGCGGCCCAUAAAUAUGAGAAAUCCAAAUACAAAUAUCAUGGAAUGCAGCAAUGGCUUAAACAAUAACAACAACAACAGCAAGAGUAACAACAACAACAGCAACAACAGCAGCAGCAACAGCAGCCUCUCAGCGUCCAAUAUCAACGGAAACGGAAAUGGCAAUGUUAGUGAGCUGCAGCUGCGCCCUCUGUCGGCCAAAACAGCGCUAACAACAUGUGCAACAGCCCAGCCCACUAGCAACAGCAACAGCAACAACAAAUUGUGCGGCUCCGGCAUGUCGCCGCACUCGCCACCCCCGCAGCAGCCCACAAACAUGGCCACAAAUGGCCAUCAGUCGUAUCCGGCGAUAACGGCAACGUAUUGGCUGCCGCCACCAAAUCCGGCGCCAUAUUUAGUUCCAGAGCGAAAACUUUUCGUUGGCAUGCUGAAUAAAAAAUAUACGGAAGCCGAUGUGAGGCAACUGUUCACGGGCCACGGCACCAUCGAGGAGUGCACGGUGCUGCGGGAUCAGGUGGGGCAGAGCAAGGGCUGCGCCUUCGUAACAUUCGCAACCAAACAGAAUGCCAUUGGGGCGAUCAAGGCCCUGCAUCAGAGCCAGACCAUGGAAGGCUGUUCGGCGCCUCUGGUCGUUAAGUUCGCCGACACACAAAAGGAGAAGGAUCAAAAGAAGAUGCAACAGCUGCAGGCUAUAUGCGGCAUCAGUGCACUGACACAACCGCCCAGUGGCGCUGCAGCAGCGGCUGCCACGCCGACAGCGAAUACGGCAACAGCGCUGAUUGCUGCAGCGCCGGCAGCGCAACGCCCGAAUCCAUCGAUGGCCGCUGCAUUGGCAGGUGUGCCGCCGGUGCAGAGCGGCGGUGCUGGAGCACAGACAGCGACGCUUGUUACAGUGCCGACGACGGCAGCAUUGAACGCCUCUUUGGCCCCGGCAUUGCUUGGCAGCAGUCCGCAUCAUGCCCAGACGCCGGGCGCAGCGGCAGCAGCAGCAGCAGCUGCCUAUCUCAGCGCCGAUCCAACGGCUCACUUGCAGCUCUAUCAGCAGAUGCAGCCCUACGGACUACUGCCGGCCCACUAUCUGCAAGGACUAAAUUUCCACCCAUCGGAUAACAGUGCCCACCACGGCCAACACGGCCCAUCAUCCGGCGCUGCCGCCAGCACAGCAGCAGCAUCUCUAUCGGCUGCAGGCGCCGCCGCCGCCGCAGCUGCAGCAGCAGCAGCUGUCUCCGGGCCACCCGCAUCAGCAACAGCAGGCGCACCACCCCCAGCAUCAUCAUCUCUCCCACUUGGCAUCGCAUCAUCCGCAUCCGGCUACAGCGGCGGCGGCGGCGGCAGCUGCAGCGGGAGUCUCGCUGCCGCCGGGCAUGCUCCUGGCACUGGACUGCUCACCAGUGCAUCCAUGUCUAUGCAGAAUCUGGUAACAUUGCUCAAUGCUAGCCAGCACAGCAACAGCAGCGGCAUCAGCAGCCUCAGUCACAGCCAUCGCCUCCACAGCAGCAACAGCAACAACAGCAACAAUAGCAACAGCAACAACAACAGCCACAUACCCAACAGCAGCAACAUUCUCAGUAGUCAUCAACGUCAGCUUGGAGCCAGCUUUGCGCCCAGCGCUGGACAAUUGGUCACGCAUGCGCAUCACAAUUUAAAUUUGGCACAGCUAAUGGGCGUGGCACCGCCACCGCCGCCAGCGAGCGCCAGCCAAACGCUCACGCUGAGCGCGCUCUGGCCUCCCAGUGCCGCAGAUCCUUAUGGCACCAACACUUUUACCGGCUUGCCCAAUGGAGCGAGUGCCGCAGCAGCCGCUUAUGGGGCCGCACAAACGCUGAAUGCCAGCGCCUUGCAAGCAGCCGCAGCGGGCGUGGCAGGCAAACAGAUCGAGGGUCCCGAUGGCAGCAAUCUGUUUAUCUAUCAUCUACCUCAGGAAUUCAUAGAUACCGAUCUCGCUUCGACAUUUUUGCCCUUUGGCAAUGUGCUGUCGGCCAAAGUGUUUAUCGAUAAGCAAACAAAUCUAUCGAAAUGCUUUGGCUUCGUUUCCUACGACAAUCGGCAUUCAGCAGAUGCGGCCAUACAAGCAAUGCACGGCUUUCAGAUAGGCACAAAGCGCUUGAAGGUGCAGCUAAAGCGGCCCAAGGACUUGGGCAAGCCCUACUAAGCGUCUGCAGUGGGUGUGGCCAAAAGCCAUCAAUCACAAAGCCCAAUACACAAAUAGUAAUAGAGUAGUUCCAUAUUGUGCCUUUUAGCGUGAAAUGUUUUCGAAACCAAAGGACCAAUUAAUAAAAUGUAUCUAAUGUUAAGCGAACACCAAAUAUGCAAAAAAAAAAAA